AUGGGAGACCUCAACGUUCAAGUCGGUGCAGACGGUCUGGAACGAGUUAUUCGAAAACAUGGCUUGGGGUCACGUAAUGAAAAUCUUGACAUGCCUGUAGACUUUUGUAACGAAAAUCGUCUUGUAAUUUGUGGGACUGUACUCAAACAUAAGACGUGCAACAAAGUCACAUGGGUGCAAUCAGAUCGUCAUACUGAAAAUCAAAUUGAUCACAUCUUGAUUCACCAGCGAUGGAGGAAGUCUAUGUGUGAUGUCCGAAAUAUAAGAAAUGCCGAUGUGGGAAGCGACCACCAUUUGGUUGUCAUGAGUCUCAAAUUAAAAACCGCGACUGUAUUAAGACAAUCGCAGAAUGCACCAAAGCAAUUGUCGGAAAAAGAAGCAACAACAAUCAUCCAUGGGACACUAUUAAUAUCAAUUGAAGAUCAACUUCGCAGGUGGAAGGAUCACUUUUGUGCCCUGUUAAAUGAGGACCCCGUUGAACAGAGUGCUGAAGUGCCCCAACUUAACGAGAUGCCCAGAUCCUUCAGGGGUAUUGACAUCAAACCCCCUUCCGUAGCGGAAAUUGAAACAGCGAUUAAUCUCCUCAAAAACAACAAAGUAGCCGGGCUUGACGGAGUACCAGCGGAAUUCCUGAAAGCUGAUCCUGCCACAGCAGCUAGUAUCUUGCAUCCGCUUAUACAAACUGUUUGGGAAAAUGAAACCUAUCCCAGGGAAUGGAAGGAUGGAGUGAUUGUUAAGGUGUCAAAAAAAGAUGAUCUCAUAAACUUCAACAAUUGGCGUGGUAUUACCGUUUUGUCCGUUUUCCCAAAGCUAAUGGCAACUUUAAUCCUCAAUCGGAUAAAGACUAGAAUUGAGACUACACUCAAGAGGAAUCAGGCCAGCUUCCGCAAAGGUCGUCGUGCGUGGACCAUACGCAUUGUUUUUGAGCAGUGUACAGAAUUUCAAACACCGUUAAACCUCAUGUUUAUAGAUUUUGAGAAGGCCUUUGACCGAGUUAACAGAGAAUGUAUAUGGAGAUCACUUCUUGGGAGAGGAAUUCCGCCAAAAAUUGUUGCCAUUAUAAAGGAGUCCUACAACAAUGAAAGACUGUCAUUAAUGAAUUUCAAUGCCUGCGAGAGAUGGAACGUGGUACUAGGCUGUGAUACAAACUCACAUCAUACCCAAUGGGGUAGUACCGACAUCAACAACAGAGGUCUAUUCACAAAUAUUUCCAAGGAUCCCUUAGAUCCAGAUUUGGAUCUUACAGUGAGACACUGUUACAUUGUGGAGGAAUAUUAUCUGGUGCACCGAGAUGAUAAGGCUGACAACACAUCAUACAAAUCAGAUAAAUAA